AGUCUAUUCUGUGAGACUCGACCGCAUGCCCGCCUCCACACGCCAACCAGAAUGUUCCCAACUUUACGCGCGAGUUUCAUCUUAUUCCAAAAACGAAUUUCACAUUACGAACAAAUUGUUUAGUAGCUGACAAUAUUGAUAUGGUCGAGAAAGUGAUUAAUAUUUCAUAACUUUUCACAUUCGAAGCUAAAUUGAGUAAUAUGAUUUUGUUGAAAAAAUAGUUUUGAAUUUUCGUAGUAGUUAAUUUAUUGCAAAGUGUGUGAAGAGUUUGUUGGUUUUAAAUGAUUUACGAGACGGUUGCCGGCGGAUGCGUCGACGGAAAUUUUUAAUCAUAACUGAACGAACGGCUCUAGCUAUCAAUAAUGACUGCCGAAGCUAACUACACGAUGUCUGCGGAAAACGACACUGACGAAUAUAUGCCAUACGAUGAAAGGUUGGAGACAUAUUUGGUUCCAAUAUUGUUCGCCGUUAUAUUCGUUGUCGGGGUGCUUGGGAACGGAACAUUGGUGAUAGUCUACGCCAGACAUAGAGGAAUGAGAAACGCUCCUAACACGUAUAUAUUUUCAUUAGCGCUAGCGGAUCUGCUAGUCAUCUUGAUAUGCGUGCCGUUCGUCUCCAUAAUCUACACUUUAGAGUCCUGGCCAUGGGGAGAGCUUAUAUGUAGGAUCUCUGAAUCAGCAAAAGAUGUGAGCAUUGGUGUAUCCGUGUUCACGUUGACAGCCCUAUCGGCCGAGAGAUAUUGUGCGAUCGUAAAUCCAUUCAGGAAACUACAACUUCGCAAACUCCCACUUGUUUGUGCCACAUUCAUCUGGGGCGCGGCGUUUAUCUUUGCCAUCCCCGCCGCCAUAUUCUCCAGUACAGUGACAGUGGAGUUAAAAGACAACGUUACUAUCGUAUACUGCACGCCGUAUCCGAAGGACUGGACUAACUACUCCAAAGGGAUGACAAUUGCCAAAGCCUUGAUAUACUACGGUUUGCCGUUGAUCGUGAUUACGGUUUUCUAUUCUCUGAUGGCUCGGAGACUACUUGCAAGUACCAGGGAGAUGCCAGGAGCUCUUCAAGGCGGUCAAGGCGAGGCUCAGGCUAAAGCUAGAAAGUCGGUAGCUUGCAUGGUCCUUAUAUUUGUUAUUGUAUUCUUCAUCUGCUUUCUGCCUUAUCACGCUUUUGAGCUGUGGUAUCAUUUGUCUCCGACUUCGCUACUCGACUAUAACGAUUGGACCCACGCGUUGCGCAUUAUUGGAUUCUGUUUGAGUUUCCUGAACUCCUGCGUGAAUCCGGUCGCUUUGUACUGCGUCAGCGGCGUCUUCAGGCAGCAUUUCAAUCGCUACCUGUGCUGUCGCCGAAGCGCCUUACAUCCAACUUGCAGCUCGCGUCUAUCUAGAACCGCCAUAUGCGAAACAUCGUUCCGGAGCACUCACCGGCAUCGGUGCAACAGGAACCCAACAACAGAGAGUGUGGUAAUAUCGAACUACGAUUACGGAAGCACCAACAAGAAGAGCAAUAUCAUAACGAGAAACAACGCCGACGGGGUCACCAUACUUACGAUUAGGGACUCAAAUGUAUUCAUUUCUGGUGAAAUAGACGACAAACGCAUCAACAGAUAAACUUUGAUUUAGAUUAUAUUUCCAUGAUAAGAAUUUGUAUACGUUUUUAUUUAUUGCUUAGGUGGGUGGACGAGCUCACAGCCCAUCUGGUGUUAAGUGCUUACCGGAGUCCUAUAGACAUCUACAACGUAAAUGCCGCCACCCACCUUGAGAUGUGAGUUCUAAGGUCUCAGUAUAGUUACAAUCCCUGCCCCACCCUUCAAACCGAAACGCAUUACUGCUUCACGGCAAAAAUAGGCAGGGUGGCGGUAUCUACCCGUGCGGACCCACAAUGCGUCCUGCCAUCAGUAAAAUAUGUAUACUAAAGAUGUGAGAUUUAUAUUACUCGUAGGUACUGUAUGAUAAAAUGCAAAAUUGUAAUUUAUUCUGCUGCGAAUGCUACACUAAUAAUUAAUUCGGAUAAAAUAAAAGUUUUAUAAAAAUUUAUUUGUUUAAAAAAAAAAAAAAAAUCAGAUUCUAUAGUUACUUAAUAUUGAAACGUUCUAACUUUUGUAGAGUUUGAAAAAUCCCAAUUUUAUACUGAACUCAUUAUCAAGACCAAAGAAAAUUAGUUUUUAAGAUGAAAAAUGUUUAAUAAUAUUAGAUUGAAACAUUUUUAGAUUUUAAGUGAACUGAAUAGCACGUAAUGUUUGAAAAAUAAAUAAGCUAUGCUUAUAAUAUGACUAAAUUAUGAUUACACCCGUAGAAAAACGAGAAUCUUCGGAAAGCUCUCAAAACUUUUUUUUUUUUAUAAUAAUUUUAUCAUUCCAAUUUUUAUACAAAAGUACUAUUUAUACAUAAGCUAAAAAUAUAAAGAUUUAAUAUAAGUAAUUAUAAUGCUGUUACAUUUAAACAUUAUCAUAUAAUGAUAUAAGUAAAUAAUUGCUUUUUUUAAACGUAAAUUAUUCAAUAAGUUUAUAGAAUAUUCAUUCCUAUUCGAGUAGUACAAAUGUAGUAGUUUUUAGCCAAAAAUUCAAUUCAUAUAAUAAAUGGAUGUCUG